UCUUAAGUCUUGCUUUUCAACUUGUUUUUGGUUUUAGGUUGUGGGUCUGUCUUGAACACAAAUGGUGAGGUUGAAAUGGACGCUAGUAUCAUGGAUGGAAAAGACCUGUCUACAGGAGCAGUGUCCGCAGUCCGGGGUAUAGCAAAUCCCAUCAAACUUGCUCGGCUUGUCAUGGAAAAGACACCUCACUGCUUUCUGACUCACCACGGUGCAGCACAAUUUGCAGCAGCUAUGGGAGUUCCAGAGAUUCCUGCAGAAAAACUGAUAACAGAGAGAAACAAAAAGCGUCUGGAAAAAGAGAAGCGAGAAAAAGAUGAUCAGAAAACAGAUUGUCAAAAAAACUUGGGAACCGUGGGUGCUGUUGCCUUGGACUGCAAAGGGAAUGUGGCCUACGCAACCUCUACAGGGGGUAUCGUUAAUAAAAUGGUCGGCCGCGUUGGGGACUCACCGUGUGUAGGAUCCGGAGGUUAUGCUGACAAUGACAUCGGAGCCAUCUCAACCACAGGGCACGGGGAAAGCAUCCUGAAGGUGAACCUGGCCAGACUCACUCUGUUCCACAUGGAACAAGGAAAGACACUAGAAGAGGCUGCGGAUCUAUCGUUGGGUUAUAUGAAGUCAAGGGUCAAAGGUUUAGGUGGCCUCAUCUUGGUUAGCAAGACAGGAGACUGGGUGGCAAAGUGGACCUCUGCCUCCAUGCCCUGGGCAGCCGCCAAGGACAGCAAGCUGCACUUUGGAAUUGAUCCUGACGAUACUACUAUCACAGACCUGGCCUAAGCCCCUGGAAGAUUGUGUUCCAGAUGCUAGCUUAGAGGAGGAGUACUGUCUCCUCAUGAGACACAGCCUAAUCAAUUAGAUCCAUAAUUGGAAACAAAUUGUGCAGUCUGUCACUUGUUUUGUUGCCUUAAUAAACAUCUGAAUGUUUGGUUGAGGGGCAGGUUCUGAAGUCAUGAGAGACAUGCCCGUGAGCCAUGAUUACUCUACCGCACUCCAGCCUGGGCAACAGAGCGAGGUAUCAAAAAAAAAAAAAGAAAAGAAAGAAGAGAAGGAAAGCAGCAGCAUGAUCCUAACAUGACAGAUUUGGGAGACCCGCAGCAUGCAGACACUGUGGGCUGAAAGGUGGGGAGGGAGGCUCCGGCAGAGUUGGAGGCGUCUGGAAGUGAGACAAGAGCCACAGACACACUGGUGGGCGAAGUCCAGGUGACCCUCAGAAUGUUGCACAAGAACAUCAGGGAAAAGAACCAAAAUCCUUUAAGGGAAAUGUUCUCCAUGUAUGAGAGACUAAACUGAUUUUCCUAAGAAAGUUCAGAUCUUCCCUGACUUAUCUGGAUGUGUCCAGAUACUUCCAAAGGACCCAGAUACUUCUAAAGAAACCAUAGCUCCCUAACCUGGAGAUGGAAGGUCAUAAUGGAGAUGCUGUGGGAUUCCGUGAAGUUUCUUGGGUUCAGAGAUGAGCCUCCAUCAGUGUUCUCCCAUGAGCCAGACUCCACCUGCCAAAGACCCUCUGGUCCUCAUAUGGUGAGUGGCAGUGCUCACAGUCUCUCCAACAACAGAGAGGAGCCGACUGCUGUAGGGCUGACCCCAUGACUUCCUGCGUCCUCACCCUGUUUUGUGCUUUGAGAUUCUUCCCACCUCCCCAUCCCUACCAGCUGGAUCGGGCACUGUGCAGCGUGGUCAGCAUGGUGAAGAAAGUCAUUUCCUUGGGGACAGUAUUCCCCUUUAUCUCUUGUUACACUGGAAACGCGAUUCCGCUGUAAAAUCCAUGCCCAGUUUUUCAGUCUCUCAGAGCUCACCUUCUCUCUGGAAAGAAAUUGCCUAACUUUACAUUCCAUGUGCUGCUAAUAAAAUGUAUUUUGAAAGAG